UGAAAGCUUGACAUCACGGUGGCUGGCACUUCGUGCGUCUGAAAGUACAGCUUUGGACUGACGUAUCAUCUUUUCCACCUGGGAGCUGACGAAAGUUGACAACUUGGAAAAUGCAGUCAGAAUCGGGGAUCGUGCCCGACUUUGAAGUCGGCGAGGAAUUUCACGAAGAGCCUAAAACGUAUUACGAGUUGAAGAGUCAGCCGCUGAAAAACAGUAAUCCAUCUGAGCAGCAGCAUGGCUCCUCGAAGCCCCCGCUGGGUUCCUCGGCCAUGACCUCUCGUAUCCUGCUCCGCCAGCAGCUGAUGCGCGAGCAGCUCCAAGAGCAAGAGCGCCGCGAGCAGCAGAGACGCCAGAGCGCAUCUUACGGUCAGCACUCCGUCACCCAGACCCCUGCCAUCAACGUCACCGCACCCUCCGCUCUGUCCAGUGCCACCCAGGUGCCCAUGGAAGUCUUGAAGGUUCAAACCCAUCUUGAAAAUCCCACCAAGUAUCACAUCCAGCAGGCUCAGAGGCAGCAGGUGAAAGCUUAUCUGUCUACCACUACUCUGGGAGGAAAGCUUGGAUCGCAGGCGUUGAGUUUGCCGUGCCCCAGCCAGGCCACAGAUCACGGGGGAAUGCCUCCGGGGCCGGGCAACAGCGCCCCAAACAGUCCCAUGGCCUUACUGACACUGAACUCCAACUGCGAGAAAGAGAUGGAUGAUGUCAUUGAUGACAUAAUUAGUUUGGAAUCAAGCUACAAUGAUGAUAUAAUGGGACUCUCCUUGGACCCUGCGCUUCAGAUGGUCAACACGAUUCCUGUGACGGCCAAUCUCAUGGACAUGUACCCCAGCAUUCAUCCUCCUGUAAUUUCUAUCAGUAACUCCUGCCCUGCUAACCUAUCCAAUAUUAAAAGGGAAUACUCUGUUAUUCCAUCUCCAGCCAUGAUGCACAUGAUGGAGAAGCCCAGCUCCUGCGGCAAGUUUGAAAACUAUCAAAGGCCUGAAGGGUUUCCUGUGGAGGCAGAAGUUCGCGCUCUCGCAAAGGAAAGGCAAAAAAAGAACAACCAUAAUCUGAUUGAGAGAAGACGAAGGUUCAACAUCAACGAUCGAAUCAAAGAACUGGGGACUAUGAUCCCGAAAUCAAACGACCCGGACAUGCGCUGGAACAAGGGCACCAUUCUUAAAGCUUCUGUGGACUAUAUCAGAAAACUUCAGAGAGAGCAGCAACGUGCCAAAGAACUGGAGAACCGUCAGAAGAAGCUCGAACAUGCCAACCGUCAUCUGAUGCUCAGGAUACAGGAGUUAGAAAUGCAAGCUCGAGCACAUGGACUUGCCAUCGCCUCUUCUGCGCUCUGUCCGUCCGAGCUGGCGGCCCGGGCUAUAAAACGAGAGGCAGCCCUCGGAGACUGCACCCAGGAUAUGUACCCCCACGCACACCCGUCUUCCUGCCCGGACAUGGGCCGAACGAGCACCCUAGACCUUAAUGACGGUACAAUCACCUUUAACGACGGCCACCGUUCAGGCCCUAACCUGUCCGCUGAUGCGCGGGCAUAUGGUCUCGUCCCGAAAGCACGCGGAGCUAAACUCGACGACAUCCUGAUGGACGACACAUUGUCACCCGUAGCAACGAGCGACCCGCUCCUCCCCUCCGUCUCGACAGAAAGCAGCCGUAAGAACAGCAUGAGCAUGGAAGAAAACGAACAUGUUUGUUAGCGCAAUAAAAACUUUUGUUUUGGCGGUUCUGUUGAGAUUGACACUUUGAACGGGGAAGAAGAAGAACUGCCUUUGUCAAGCGCAAAGUUAUAUUAUUUUUGUUUACACUCAUGUUACUGUGUUUCAACCUUAUCCCUCCUGACGUUUUUAUGUUGUUGUAAUACGUUAUCUGUGCAUAAUAUCAAAUCAUGAUCAGUUUCAUACUGUAGAUUGAUUAAAUUUGCAUCUCUGUUUAGAAUAUCAUUUAGUCAAAUUUGGGAUUGUAUAAAAGUGCACUUGAAUGGUGUUUUUUUCUGGUUGUAUAGUAGCAAAUUUGCGCAGAGCUUAAAAAAAAAAUCUCAUGUAUAUACUUGGAACGGAAUGAAGGAUAAUAGUCGCAAUUUAACUUAUGAAGAUUUCAAGUGACAACUUCACUAAACAUUAGCAUUACGCUGUUAAAAUGGAGCAUUUAAAAAUGGUUAUUUACUCAACCUUAAAUAAAGUCGUCAAACCGACAUUUCCCAUAAAAUUGUAGCAGACAGCUCAAAAAUCGUGGUAAAAUUUGAAACACGGAUAGUGUACUUGUUACUAUGUACCAAAAUGUUACGGAUUGCAUCUUUAACAUAAAUCAUAAACAUCCAUAAAUAAGGAAUCACAAAUAAUUUUGACUUUAUCUAAUGUAAAAGUCUUAGGUUCAACAGUUGAACCUAAAUCAUUUGUCAAAUAUAGAGGCCAAUAUUUUUUCUAUAUUCAGUAUUCAGUGUUAUUUUUUAUUUUAUUUUAUUUGGUCUGAUGAGGAUCAUUUCAUGUCACUGGUUAUUCUGCUGCAAUAAUAACAUGUAUUCCCUAAAGCUACAUGUCCGUAAUGCACAUGCAAGAAAUGCACAUUCGAUGGUUUCACUAAUGCAUGAGCAAUAUUCAUCGUCCUGUGCCAAAAUCCUUUAGCAAUACUCAGCUUUAUACCAGCAGUGAAUCAUUUUAGAAGAAAACCACUGGACAGCAUAUUGUGGGUUUUAUGGUCUGUUAUUGUUAGUUGCUAUUUGUGUCAUUGAAGCAUAUUUUUAAAAACUCUCAUGGUCAGGCCGUGAUUAUGCGCAGUGCCUUGGUUCUUACGCAAAAGUUCUUCGGUUUUCUAUUUAAUAUAUUUUUUGAAUAUUACGUAUCUAGAGGAAACCUGUGAAUUCAGUGCUUCUCACAGAAUAUAGCACUGAAAACAUCCACAGGAAUGUGAAUUCAUGAACACUGAAAGAAUAACAAUAAUAUACCUGUAGCAAACUUCAUUUCAAAUCAUUGUUCUUACAGAACAAAGAAUUUUUAAUCAUUUAAAAUUGAGAAAAAAAUGCUCAUACCUUAAAAUGAUAAAAAUUGGAAGAAAAGAAUGGCAUAACAAUGUUUAUAUAUUCUAACACUUGUUUUUUUUCUAUGCUUGAAUAAUGUAAAAUGACUGCCUGUGUAUGUGUAUAAUAAUAAGCUGUAUUGUUACUGUAUAUUUCUGCUGUAGUGAAGGUACUGCUAUUUGCCUUUUGAGAAGCAUCCGUGUGUGCCACUGUAAUGAUCAUAUAAGUGCAACUAUUACUGUAUCUGUUGUUUUAUAGAACUAUGCAAAGGUUACUUUGAGUUUAGAAAUCAACAUGUGUUUCAUUGAAAGAUUGAAGAUGUAAUGUACGUAGUGAAGGCCGAAACAGAACAUUGUAAAGUGCCUUACAUUACAAACCUUGUACUUAAAGAAACAGGUCAGCCAAAAAUGAAUAUUUAGUUGUCAUAUACUCACCCCCAUGUGUCCCAAAUUGUGAGUUUCACAGAGCACAAUGGCAAAAAUUUUAAAUGAAAGUGGACGGGGACUAGAGCUGUCAAGUUCCUAAAUAUAUCCAUGCGCUAUAUUCCAAAUCUUUGGAAACCCAAUUGAAAUUUGUCUUGAUAUAACUGUUGUUAUUUGUUGAAAGUAUUCAACCUCAAAUAUUAAGAUAUCUGCAUAUUUAUUACAGCAUAUGAAGGUGAGUAUAUGACGACAGUCAGAACUGUUCCUUCUGACAGUUCACCCAAAAAUGAAAAUGAUUUCGUCACUUACUUGCCCUUGUGUCAUGUCAAACUUGUAUGACUUUUUUCUUCUGCAGAACACAAAAGAAUAUAUUUCAAAGAAUGUUGGUAACCAAACAACACUGGGACCUCGUUGGCUUCUUGUAUGGACACAAAACCACUGAGACAUUUCUCAAAAUAUCUUCUUUUCUGCGGGAUGAAGUCAUAUUAGUCUGAAAUUAUAUGAGAGUGAAUGAGCGAUGAAAGAUUUUGAAUUUCGGACGGUGAACUGUCUCUAUAAAUGUUGUUUUUACUAUUUAUGUGAUUUUAGACUUUAGUCUUAGACUGUGGUACGUACUGCAACUGGCUUAAGGGUUCGAUCCUCAAGGGAAUUAAAAGAAUCUUGCAUAGUGAUCUUCAACGAGAACACAGAAACAGGGUGUGACUCAAAACUUGGCCUGACUAAACGUAUAUUCCUGCGUAAAGUACACUGUAAAAAAUACCUGUAAAAAAGCAGGAAUAUUCAGGCAGCUGGGGCGCCUGAAAAAUCACAUUUUUAAACCCAUUGUGUAAAUAUGCAGUCUAUUUCUGUAAUUAGAUAUUUUUACCAUAUUUCAAAAAUUUGUCAAAUUUCUGUAAAAAGUAAAAUUCUGUAAAAUUACAGUUUUUACAGUGAGGGGUUGUCUUGAAGCACUUUCAAGACUAGUGUGUAUUAUGUCUAUGCUUGCUUGAAAGAAACUACUGAAAGUUGACUUGUCUUUGAAUGUAAUACUAUACAGUGUUGACUACUAAACGUUGCCAAAUUCCAUGUGAAAGUGUCUAUAUAUGCAGUUAUGAAUAGGAAGCUGUUACGUAUUGUAUUGUGGAUUUGUAGCAAAAUGGCUGCAAUUUUUUCUGAGCAAUAAUUCAGACAAUCAGGUAACAGGUAAAGCACAAGAGAGGUGAGGUGCCUUUAAAACUCUGCAUGGCUUCCAUUCAAACUUCAACCAAACGUUUUUUUAAAGAAAAUACAUAUUGGUUUGUCUUUUAUGAAAGUUUUUCGGAUUUUUGUUUUGUUAUACUUUUGUAUUAUGUUUUUGAAGCUUAACCAAAUGUUAUUUAAGAGAAUGUUAUUAAGAGACUUAAAAUAGUGUUUAAUGUUUUUUGUUGUUGUUCAAUUUCCUUAUUAAUUGCUUGCGAAUUUAUAACGGAAGUCAGCCCACUUUUCACCUAUUGGGGAAAUCACUCCUUUCAGUCAAAAGAUUUUUAUAAAACUUCAACUGGAAGCUUCAUGAUGAAGGUUGAUGGUCACAGAUGUGGCCGUGUCAGUGUUGGGGUUAAACGUGACAGUUGUAUUGCGAAUGGAAGUGUCCAUUAAAAUAAUAUUCAAUGGUU